AUGGCGGCAAGCGCCACGGCUCCGGGCUUAGACGCCAGCAUCUCCAGCCUGAACUCUGCAGACAACGACAACUCUGCGACAUCAAGCGCCAAUAUCGACACUCAGCAGUCCAAAUGGACCUCUGCCAACACCUCGGUGACCGCCUCCCCUCACGCCUCACGAGAGGCGUCUCCCACGAGACCAGCACCCAAGACGACCAGGCAUAAUCGCACCGCAACUGGGGGCGCCUCGAGAUCGCGGCAGAACAGCUUGCAAGAACCUAGCCCGUCAAGAGCGCGGUCUGCCGUACCCCCUGCUCCGAUGCGAUCGUCGAUAUCUGCCUCUAGCACACCAGCCCUCCCUCCUCCGUCAACUACGGGCCCAAUUAUUCGCGCGCCAAUCCCACAGAAGCCCUCGCUCGUCACCGAGACAUCUAGGGAUUCCCCCCGAUGGCCAGUCUCUCCACGGCUCAAGUCGCCGCCACCAGCGCUUAACCGUCCUCCGCCAAAUCUGCCUGCGUCAAGGAAGAAUGAAGUCGAGCCACCGGCAGCCGCGUUAGCUGUUCGACGGGCUUCCCCAACCCCUCAGCUGGAUCCGGCUCCGUCCGACACCGAGUCUGAGGAUACUCUUGGCCCCCCAGGCGUGCGAACCCCAUCACGAGGACCUAGUAAUGGAUCGUCUACGCUGGAGACUGUCCAGGAGGUCAGCCAGCCAAACACGCCAGGGCCCGGGACGAGUCUCAAUUCCGCACUGGAGGUCUUAGCAAGGUCCGCAGAGGUCCUCGAGGCGUCGUCAUCACAGCAGUCAACCCAGAACGCGGAAAGCGGAAGUGACAGCGGAGAUCAACGGGCCGCAAAGAGACGGUCCGUAUCGGCUGCGCCUCCGCUGCUUCACAGCAGGCAAUCUAGCACGGCGCUUAAAGUUGGAGCCAAAGGUCAGGCUGGGGAAGGCUCUGGGCAUAUGACAGUGGAGGAGGAGAAAGUCACGGGGCUGCCACAGAUGUCUCUGAAGCCGAGUGAACGCGCCCAAGGAAGUAAUGGAAGUCUUCGAGCAAAACCCAGCACCGAAACUAUCAGGCCAAGAAAGGAGAAGAAGAAGAACCUGCGCAAACCAGCGCCCGUCGUCGCUGGCACAGUUUCUUCAAAGGCCGAUAUUUUCGAGGCAAAGGUCGCCAGCGCGGUCGAGGAAAACGACUCUUCGGAUUCAGAUGAGACUUUUGUCUACGACUCGAACCCGCCUGACGUGACCGACAGGCCCCGCCGCUACCAUCACUCUCGCACACCGAGCGCGACAUCUAUGGCUAGUCAAGCCGACCGCAACGGCCUCAGAUCACUGCACAGUAUGAUGGACAGCAACUCCACAAAUAUCGCGCCCAAGAAGAACAUGAAGUUUGUCAACACGUUCACUGGUAGCGGCACCGAUAGCCCUCUGCUACUCGAUGAUGACGGCAGAGGUACGCGAAGUAGCAAUGCCGGAUCAGCCCGAGGGACAUCGCGUCAUCACCACCACGUUGGGCGCUGGCUAAGAAAUAGCGGAAACCAUACCUCGCUAUUUGACAAUGAGUCACCGUUCCCCGCGACGUCAAGAACCAAAUUCUCGACUAGCGUGCCCAGGCAAUCCACCCUGACUGCCAACAGCAACGGAAACACGGCCAGCACCAGCAGUACCGCUGCUCGUGGAUGGGCCGCUCAGUCUAAACGCCUUCCACGUGUUGGGAGCAUCUACAACAUGGACGACACUCCAGGCGCAGAUGAUGAGCACACCCCUUUGCUCCUUUCCGGAACUGUGCGCUCCGCCCGGUCACGGGGAAACAGGCGCAAUCAUGGUGCUGGAAGGAACAUUGAAUCCCAGACCUAUCGCCAACGACCAAGCUUCCUCAACAGAUUUGCAAGCUGUCUUGUGCUGACAAUCAUGCUACUUCUUGUCAUUACGGGCGCUAUUGGCUUCAUGUUUGCGACUUCUCAGCCCUUGAUGGACCUCGAGAUCAUCAAGAUCGAGAAUGUCCUGGCCAGCGAGCAGGAGCUCAUGAUGGAUAUUCAAGUGCGGGCCCACAAUCCAAAUGUAGUGGUUGUCAUGGUCGACUCGGCCAAUCUCGAGGUUUUUGCAAAGUCGCCACACGCCGGAAAGGACUCUGAGUGGUGGCGUGAUCCCCAUGAUACACUCGGUGCAGACGAUAUGAAGAGCACUGGCGGCAAGGUCAAGCCUCCCGCGCAACCUCCAUCGGACGAGACGGAUCCCAACAUGCGCCUUGGAAAUAUCCACCGUUUCGACAGUCCUUUGACGUUUGAAGGGUCGUUCUUCCGCUCUGGCAUCUCUACGUCUUCUGGAGAGCUUCGCCUCGCUCGCCCUGGCAACACAACCGAACGUGGUUCGGAACGGUGGGAGCGUAUUCUGGAGCACAACUUCACGCUGAUUAUUCAAGGGACGCUCAACUAUCAGCUGCCGCUGAGUUCCAAGCAACGGAGCGUCAUCGUCUCUGGCUCCGCUCGAGUUCUGCCAAACUCGGCAGACCAGCCAGCUCCCACACCGAAUGGCACCGAUAUCGGUUUAUACCGAUAG